UUCACCAGAUUCAGUCGAAUUUGGGAUUGAGUCGAGGCAACAGGUUCUUCCACGUACCGGCUGGUUCUAAACUUGUCAUAUCUAAAUUCCUCCAUCGUCAUCACAUUCUUCUUGCACAAACAAUUCGACAAUCCGCCCACAUUUCAGUUCCUCAUUAACUGAGAAAUUCAAGCUAAAUAAACAAAUCAAGAUGUCUGGAGAUUUGGCAAAAGUUUUAGGGUACAUUGAUGCCAAUGAAAAGACGUUCAUCGCCAAUUUGAAGGGGGCCGUGGAGAUUGCGAACGUCUCGGCCUGGAAGGACUCGAGACCUGAGUGCAUGCGGAUGGUGGAAUAUGCGGUGAGCAAGCUGAAGGUGCUCAACUUCACCCACGAGAUUCGAGACGUUGGGAUGCAAAAGAUGGAGGACGGCUCUUCAAUUCCACUCCCCCCGGUCAUUUUCGCCACACUUGGAAACGAUCCGGCCAAGAAGACCCUCAUGAUUUAUGGACAUUUGGACGUUCAACCAGCAAAAAUGAGCGAUGGCUGGAGCUAUGAACCAUUUACGUUGACGGAAGACGGUCCAAAUCUGUAUGGGCGAGGAUCUACGGAUGAUAAGGGCCCUGUUUUGGGAUGGUUGCAUGCAAUUGAGGCUUACCAGAAAAAUGGACUUCCUGUUCCUGUGAACAUUAAGAUGGUUCUUGAAAGCAUGGAAGAGUGUGGAUCGGAAGGUCUGGAAGAGUUAUUGGAGAAGGAGAAGAAUGGUUUCCUCAAGGGUGUGGACUUGGUCACAAUCUCUGAUAACUAUUGGUUAGGAACUGAGAAGCCUUGCUUAACCUAUGGUCUACGUGGCCUUUGCUACAUGCAUGUCGAAAUUGAAUGUGGCACCAAGGAUCUUCACAGUGGAGUGUUUGGUGGAGCUGUCGAAGAAGCGAUGCCCGACUUAAUUUGGAUGCUUAACCAACUUAUUGAUCAGAAGGGACAAAUCCUUAUUCCUGGUAUUAUGGAUAGCGUUGCUCCUUUGGACGAGGACGAAAAAAAGUUGUAUCAAGAAGUUGACUUUUGCCCUAACGAAUUUAAAUCGGACGCUGGUGUACGUAGUUUGAGAUGUCCUGGGAAUAAGGAAGCCACUCUGAUGAACCGUUGGCGGUAUCCAUCCCUGUCCAUCCAUGGCAUCGAGGGUGCUUUUGCAGACCCAGGGUCCAAAACUGUUAUCCCACGCAAGGUCAUAGGAAAGUUUUCUGUUCGACUGGUUCCAAAUCAGGAUCCCGUUGAAAUUGAAAAACUUAUCAACAAAUACUUGAAUGACAAAUGGACUGAGCGUGGAUCAAAUAACAAGAUGACUGUGCUACCAGGUCAUUUGGGAAAACCAUGGAUGGCAAAAUACAAUCAUCCAAACUACCAGGCUGCUGCUAAAGCCACUGAAUUGAUCUACAAAGUGAAACCCCAGUACACACGAGAAGGGGGAUCGAUUCCAAUUACCUUGACAUUCCAGGAGUUGACUGGUCGAAACGUGCUCCUUUUGCCCAUGGGACAAUCUGACGACGGGGCGCAUUCGCAAAAUGAAAAAAUUAGCAAGCGAAAUUACAUUCUUGGAACAAAGGUGUUUGCUGCCUAUCUUCAUGAAGUCUCCUUGCUCGACAAGAAAGACUUGUAAUGGAAAAACAAGAACUAGAACCAUGACUUCACGUAAUCUAAGAGCAAUGCAACUACCAUUAUUUAUCACAAAUAAACUGAAAAAAUUUUUAUUCACGUGAUAAUAAAAAAUUGGAACAAUAAGAAAA